UCGAGGCAGUCCGUCAGUCUGGGAAAUUGGAACUGGGCAAUAGGGGCAGGUGCGUUGGCAAGGCGGCGCGGGGAAAAAAAAACUUUCUUCUCUCUGGGAUCUCGAUAUUAGUUGACAUUUGAAAAAACGUCAGUGGGGAAGAACGUUUCAGUUGCUCUGCAGAUUUGUGCAAACGCAUCCACCUGUUAAGGCAAACCAAAAGGGUACAUGGAGCGAUCACCGUUCACUAGAGGGCAAUGGACCUCUCAAUCCCUGCGAAUUACUGCCAAAGAGCUGUCUAUAGUUAAUAAAAGGGGAACGGCGGCUCUCAGGGAACGUUUUUCUAAUCUCUUUCCCCUCAGGUAUCAGAAAGCAGCAGAGGAAGCAAGCAGUGAACGAAAGAAAGGGAACACUGAAAAUCUUCCCCCAACCCUGAGGAAGGGGACAUUGAGCAUCUUGAAAAAGAAGUGGGAAAUUCCAGAAAAUUCCUCAGCACAACCAGUGCUUCCAAAAUCGCCUGUCAGAAUUAAUCGUGCAGAUUCCCGGGCUCAGAUCGCUGCUGUCAGCCCAAAAGCAGACUCCAGCUUUGUGCCUCUAAGUGAGUCGGAUCAGAAUUCGGAGACUAUCCCGAGAGUCGAGUCUCCCAGGAGCCCAGGGGUCUUGAGCAGAUUUCCUUAUCCUGGUACAGAGAGUGAAGGCCAGGCUGAGUUAAAGAUGGAAAGAAUUCUUUCUAAAGAGGGGAACGAAGUGGAGAAUGGAACAGCACAAGAUUUGACAAUCUCCCCUAAAAUUGAGAAGUUUAAUGUCCCACUGAACAGCUUGAAAAUGAUGUUUGAGAAGGGGGAUGCGCAUGUUCAGCCUAAGUACAGACACCAUGAAACCCCAGUUAAGGGAAAGUCAGCACUUGUGUUCUCCACUCUCAGUUGCUCAGUCCUUGAAAGGAUCAGGACAGCAGCAGACUGCAGUAGGCAGCAGGCUACCAGAGAUCAUCUCAAGUCUGAUGUUUCCAGAAAGUGGUUAGACAAGACUGCAGAAGGCAGCUGUUUGAUCGAAGACCUAGAGAGAAAAGCAAGGGAGGGAAACUCGAGUGGUUUUGACCAUACCUCGUCUGGAACAAGCCCUGAUAAAACAGAAUCUAAGGUUGGUACGGAGUUGGCAGAUAUGCAGGAACAGACAUCAGUGAAAGACAGAAUGGCAUUAUACCAGGCUACUGCAUCACAGAAGGAGACCAGCAUCCAAUCUCCUACAACAUUGGAUGAGCAUAUGCUGCCUGGAGAAGUGAUCAACACCAAAGAGUUAUGGGGAAGCCAAGAAGCAUCAAGUCCUAAGAAGUUGCCACAGUCUGACAUAUGCACAAGUGACAAUGAAAUGAAUGCUGGUAAUAGGAAUGAACAAAAAGAAAAUGUGCCACCAGUACCUUUGACCAGCACCCUUCCCCAUGCAGAACUGCAGAAGGGGUCUGUGUUUGAGGCAUCGCAUGCUUGGAAAAAUUCUACUUAUGAGAAACAAGGAAAUAGUCAAGUUAAUGUGGAAAAUGAAGAACGGAUGCCAAAGCUUUCAACUCAGGGUAUAACGCAACAGAGAUCAACUGCAGAAAUACAAAGUAGUCCAGCCAAAUCUGUUAAGAAAUUUCAGCUUCUAGCUAGAGAGUUGUGUGUCACCUGCCAAAAAACUGUCUAUCCAAUGGAGCGUCUUGUUGCAAACCAGCAGGUGUUUCAUAAUUUCUGCUUCCGCUGCAGCCACUGCAACACUAAGCUGAGCAUUGGGAAUUUUGCUUCACUACAUGGGAAUGUGUACUGCAAGCCACACUUCAGCCAGCUCUUCAAAUCCAAAGGUAAUUAUGACGAGGGAUUUGGUCAUAAGCCACACAAGGAGCUGUGGAUGGCCAAAACUGAGUGUGACACUACAGAACACAAGAAUGAAGUUGCCACGAAUAAAUCUGAGACCAAAACUGAGAACUCUGGAGUAGAUGAGCUUUCCAUACUCAAGGUAGGUGUUUUGGCUGCCAGCAUGGAGGCCUUAGUUACUAGUACUCCACCAGAAAAGAUGGAGAAACCUGUUGAAACAAGAAAAUUAAAAAUAGCUUGGCCACCACCUAAUGAAGCAGUUAGUAAAGGAAUUGGCUCUUCUGAAGAGAGCCUCCGAGUUAACAAACCAAAAUGGCCUCCAGAGGAUGAUUUCCAACACCUGACCAAGAGAAACUCUGAAUUCAUUGGUACGUCCAGACUGAGGCGAAGCGCUUCUCUGAAAGAACGAUGUAGACCAUUUACCAUUGCUGCACCUCUGAGACCUAUAGCCAUUAAAGAGCCAGGAAGAAAUCCAUCUGCUAAAAAUACAACACAGGAUCUGAUCAUUAAAGAAAGAGAAGCCAAAAGAGAGACUGAUGAAUGGAAGAAUGAACAAGAGUCAACUCUGGAAAAUGAACAUGAGCAACCAGUGACUACUGAGCUCAAGGGCAUGCAAGAUGAUUUGGUGACUGAAAAGGUUGUAGAAGUGAAAAGCAACAAAAAGCUGCUUCAAGAUAAGGAUGUAGAGGAACUUCACCUCCACAAGGAAGAGGCCAGAGAACCUGACUUUCUGGAGUGUGAGGAGCAGGAAUCCAAUCAAAAAAUGGUUGAAUUGCAAACUUCUGGAGAGACAGUUAGCUCAAAUGAGCAUGUUCCAGAGAAUGAGAGAAAACUGGAAGAUAUUGGUUUUUGGGAUGGGGAUGAAACUGAAGUGGAGGGAACUGAGGAACUGUCAGUUGAAGAACAAAUCAAGAGAAAUAGAUGUUAUGAAGAUGAGGAUUAGAUACUGUGGGUGAUUUACGUUAUAUUUUAAUUGGUGACUGGCCUUGUGGUUCAUGGGUGUCAGCUCGGAACUUCCUGUUGUAAAGUGGUUUAUUCUAAGUACCUGUAUUGAUAUCAACUUUAUCAACAUAAAAGUAACUAAUCAAGCAAUUGAAAGAACAAAUAUGGAAUCAUGGAAGGUUCUAAUGCAAGGGAUGAGGUUUUAUCUCCUGCCUUUUUUUGUGUGUAUUGUCCACUAUCUAGGCAGGAGAGAUUAGAUUUCUAAAGAAAUUUUUCUAAAAGUUAUAACUAAAUGCCACUCCACAUUGUGUAUCCAUGCCACUCCUUUAGUGCUCCGUUCACACAGCCUGCUAAUGUUUUCUCAUUUUAAAAGAUGUAUUGAAUUUAUCAAGAAAUAAUGGAAGCAUUUAAGAACCAGAGUUUGUACACCUCAAAUGGUCAUGGAGCAGAAAAUACCUUAAUCUGAAAACACCUGGGCAUCCUCUACUUUACACAUGGACCCGAAAAUGGCAAUUUAAUGAAGGCUGUGCUGCACUUGGUUCUGAGAUUUGAAAAUGGAGUUCAUUUGCUAAUGACUUAUUGGAUUAAGGACAUUCAGUUGGCAAAACAGGGUGGUCCCUACAUUGCAGUAGCAGAGUGACAGAUUGAUCCUGACUCUUAACACACACUCUGAUCAGCCUUAAUUUAACAACAGACUUUCCAAUUGCAUAGCUGUAAAGAUCCAAAAAUCCGAGGGAAGAUUUGAUGGGUUGAUGUUGUUAAAGUUAUGGAAUGUUUGAAACAAUAAAGAUUAUUUGCUUGUUUUUUGGAAUAGUGUAACUAAUCCUGGUAAGAUGAAAAUGGAAGCAUUAGAAUAACACCACUUUAUAACAAUGUUAUAGGCUGUGAACCUGACUUUAGUCUUCAAAAAUUGUAAAUUCCUACUUCUGGCUUUUAUUCCUUACUUCAGUGCUGUUUUUAGAAUUUCUUGUGUAUUGCAUUAUGAUUUUAUAUGUGAAAUUGUUUUUACAUAUUGAUAGCAUGUGAGGGACAAGAUGCUGCUGAAAAUAGUGAUUUGACUUUAGUGUAACAAUUUUAGAUGGGAUGGGCAAUAAAGAAUUGGGCAAUACAUUUGUGCUAUGGUGUCUGGAACAAUGCAAUUCUAAUCUUUUGAAAACAAAAACACUGCUCAAUACUGAAAUCUCUUCUGGUAUUAGAUCUAAGGUGAUUUAAGUAGCACAGACAGUCAUUCUUUUUUAUUGCAGUCGACUUGAUACUUAAAUCAUGUUUCUGACUUUACUGCAGAUAUGUAAUGGCCCUGAUGUUCAAAUCAAUCAAUCACUCUGAACUCCUCCUCCUCUGUUAAUUUAUCUUCUGGCUGUAGAAAUAUUAAGAUGUUAAUCUGUUAAUCCAGGUUAGAAUCCAACCCAAGUCCUAGCAAUAGAUGGAUGGAUGGAUGUCUGUUGCAUCCCUUGAUCACUUGUCCAUUGAUUCUUGUACAAAGAAUCUAGCAACUUAGAAAAUUGCAAAAUCAUUAAAUGCAGACAAGUUAUUAUGUAAUAAAAAGAAUUAUUUGACCAAU